AUUGUAUCAUAUAGUUGAAUUGAGAUAUCUAUAAAUACGCAGAGACGUAACUCUCCAAUAUAUCUCUGUUAUAUUGCACAACAAAAUAACAAGGAAUAACAAAACAGAAUGGGAAGACUGAACGGGGGUACAAAUGAGGGUAAACAACACUUCAGCCAUCAACACGUCUUGAAACAAAUUGUGAAUCCAACUGAAUUAACUCUCACUUGCAAUGCUUGUGAGAAACCAAACAAUACUAACAAGCCUUUCUACGGCUGCAACACCUGCCAAUAUUUCCUCCAUGAAAACUGUUUUAAUGCUCCGCGCAGUCUCAAUCACUCGUCUCAUCCUUCCCACCCAUUGAACCUUCGCCAAGUUUCGUCUUACGUGAGUGGUUCCUAUAUUUGCAAUGCUUGUGGCUCUGUUGGAAAUGGAUUUUGCUUUAACUGUGCUGAUUGUGAAUUUGAUAUUCACUUGCAAUGUGCAUCCUGUCCUAGCUCCAUACUUGUUGAUAAACACACGCAUCAAUUGGAGCUCCAUUACGGUUUUCCUGAGGAUAACGAAUAUGUUUGUGAUAUCUGCUUUGUAAGGAUGAACAAUGACAACUGGUUUUACUAUUGCGGUGGGUGUGAUUUCGCUUCACACUUGAACUGUGCGAUAAUUAGUCCUGAAGUCGGUGUUUUCCCCAAACAGCAGCGUCCAAAUCCAAAUUCAAAUCCAAAUCCAAGUCGGAAUUCUGGUGCGAGUGCAGCGGUGGAAAUGAUAAACUCAGUGAAUGAUGAUCAUGACCGGCUUAUAGCAGCGCAAAUUGGAGCUCAGAUUGCGGCACGAUCAAGACAGGCUAUGCUGGACUUAUGGUAGACAAUCACGAAUAUUUAUUUACAUAUAACUCUAUCGUGAUUAUCUACCUUCUUCUGUUUUUAUUGCAAAAAUAAAUGCUUUAUUAUUGUUAUCUUGUCAUUUCUCUUUCAGAUUUGUAUCUUUAAUUAUCAAGUUUAUCCAUUUUCCUUUUGGUUUCUAUGUUUA